UGCAAUCUGCUCCCAUCUACCUUGACCCAUCCUGAGCAAUUGCUAUCAGCUGCUCUCCUGUGUCCUCUGUUAGCCCAGACUGAGAUGAACAAGCUCCUGGUCCUCCUCCUGAUGCUGGGGUCUUUUGCUCUUGUGUUCAUCCAAGUCCAAGCUACAAUGUGCAUGGUCUGCAACUCUUUUAAAAGUGGACAUUGUUUGGCAGGCAAGAGCAACUGUACUACAAUAUACAAGCCUGGUUGCAGAACCAGGAAUUACUUCCUAUUCUCACAAACAGGCAAGUGGGUCCACAAUCAUACUGAAUUGGACUGUCAUAAGGCGUGUCUGGCUGGAAACAUGUAUUUUGGGGUCAUGAAAAUAUCUACAUUUUGCUGCAAAGGUGAAGAUUUCUGUAAUAAAUUCCAUGGCCAAGUAGUGAAGAAGAUUAUUUACUAACUACCAAUUCCUUCAGCAAUGGCACUGUGUCCCAGUUCCCCAGUUCCUCUUCCUAGCAUUUCUCAACAAUUCCCUCUGUAUAUUUAGCAUGAAGUACACCUCCAUACAAAUGAUCAGUUAUGCUGAGAAAAAGAAAAAUGUAAGAAACAGAUGAAACAUAAAAGACUUAUAAAAUUGUA